AUGAAGGCAAGCGUCGGCGCCAUCUUUCGCGUCCUCCUCUUUGUCCUUUUCGCCAUCGCCUUACAUGUGCGGGCCAACAAACGCUCAUGGUCCGUGGAGAAAUCCAGGAAGCGUAAAUAUAGCGAACAUGGAGAAUACUCGACGCCGGAAGUUGAGUUUUACGUCAAAAUGAAACCCAUAAACGCCCCCAAGAAGAUAAGGCUCCGCAAGCCGCCCAGCACCUACACUGCCAUCGGAUCGAACAACAUCUACUACCCCUGGCUGCCAACCGUAUCAAACAUGGGCGCUGCAAUCCCGCUGUAA